AUGCAGCAACGGUUAAUUCUGCGCCUUGUCACCUUGCUGGGGCUAGCCAGCGCCCUGACCGUUCAAGCUUCGGUUAAUGAUUUGAACGGCCAAGCAGGACCCGAACCAGCCGCGGACGUCCAGCGACGUCAGCUGCAGGAACGCAACAGGGAUGCCAUCUUCCGGCUGCGUAGCCUCCUCGCGGAGCACCUGUCACAGACGCCCGCAACCGUGACACCCUACCCGCCGCGGCCUGCCAACCGGCGCCGCAGGCUCCUCAGCCCCGCACGCCCCGCCUACGCCACCCAGUGCCUCUACGAACCACCACCACCACCAUCCACGGAGCCUCUAUCACCACCGUCAACUCCAUCAUCGCCGUCAGCUCCACCACCGCCGCCAAGCAGCGGCCGAUGCUAUCUCAACCCCAUGGUCGUGGCGCAUCCGGACUUUCCAGAACCCGUUGAACCGACAAACCCCAUUGAAAUUAUGUUGUUGAAAACUGCCUGGACCGCGUACCAAUGCAGCUUUGAAAAGCGUAGGGAGAGGUGCGGUACGUACCGCCACCCGCCGUACGACUGCCGGUGGCAGGAGGACCAGAAUCGUUGCGCCGUCACGUCUGACUACCUCCUGCCCCGGCUGCUAGCCUAUCUGCACUGUCGGGAUGACGCGGUGCUCACACCCUUCUGGGAUCGAUGCUACACUGUUGGCAAGCUCACUGGCGACAGUGACUGGUGCGGUCAGCCUGACGGCAACUGGGCCCGCUGCUGGUGGUUCCCUGCGAGGGACGGCACAGACGAGGAGGACGUGUGCGCCCCGAGUCCCCAGGGAGGAGUGGAGAGCCGGGAGGCGUACGACGAGCUGGUGUCGCAGAUGCGCAACGGCAUCUGGCAGAGAGACUGGUUCGGUUCUUGUGAUACCGCGGACUUGGUGUACACUAUCAAGAGCUCGUGCAACUACACGACUCCGCAAGAUUGCGAGAAUGAUGAACUCUGCACUGCGCGAAGCGACCUGCCGGUCGAGUACGGCAUGUGUCGGUUGCGGGACGACCUUAUCUGGCAGCAGCUCUCCCAAUCAGUGCGUUGGUUCCGGGGCGGGGGAUUGCUGGGGGGUGAACGGGUGGUGGACAAAGUGGCCGCACAGCGGGGGAGGUCUUGCGGGCUGGGUAGUGAGCUCUUCGAGGCCACCGCCGCCGCCCAGGCGGAAUGCGCCAAUGCCUCGACCAGUCGGGAAACUUGUAUGGAGGCAGGCAGCUGGGCUCCGGAAGCAGGCGGUGCAGUACCAUUGGAUCCGGAUAAAUUCAGUGACGUCAUUGACUUGGUGUUCAUAGAGGAGGGUGCGGCGAUGAUGGGAUCGGGUGCCCCUAGCGCUGCUGCUGCUGCUUUGGGUGCUGCUGCAGCAGUGCCGAUUGCAGAUGCCGCGACCGCCAGUUGCAAUGUGGCGAUGUGGUAG